AUGGAGAGCUAUGGGCAGUGUGUGGCCUCCCACCGUCUACAUGGCAACGGCACUGUCAAGACCUGAAGAUGAAGGUGGCACAGUGUACCUCUUCACACCCUGUGAUCCAGAAGAUGUGGUCCUCUGUAGCUCAAUUGGUAGAGCAUGGCGCUUGUAACGCCAGGGUAGUGGGUUUGAUCCCCGGGACCACCCAUGCGUAAAAAUGUAUGCGCACAUGACUGUAAGUUGCUUUGGAUAAAAGUGUCUGCUAAAUGGCAUAUUAUUAUUAUUAAGAUCCGGACAGACGGUUCCAAAGAGUUCACAGAGUUUGAACGUUGCUUACUAGAGAACCAGAACUCACCUACCUCCUGUUCAGCACACGUAGCACGCUUCCUCGGCUGUGCCGAGACAGUGGACCUUUUCGGAGUGGCAGUGAACCCGGUUCCUCAGCCCUGUUAG